AUGAGCAGUGAGCAUGGCGACCGGCAGAGCAAUGAUCAACCCAACCCAACUCUGACAGCUAAGCUGGGCGCGCGAAAGAAGAUCCGCCCCACUUAUUCAUGCUUAAACUGCCACAAACGCAAAGUCAAGUGCGACCGGGUGAAACCAUGUGGUGCGUGCUGUCUUCGGGGGACGCCCUCGGAAUGCGAAUAUGGCACCAGCAAAAAGGACCGACACUAUAUCGAACAAUCGGCCCUGAUCGAGAACCUUAUGCAAACAUGCGAGAGCCUCAAGCGGCAGCUCGCUGAGGCCCGUCAAUUGGCCAACCUACCCCCUGUAAAAGCUGAAGAAACCGGCAGUAGCUCUUUAUAUCAAAUUAAACCCAAUGACAGCGACGACGAAGGGCCAGGUGAGCAGGCAGCGCAUCCUGGACAGGCGCAGCGAGAUUCUCCCGACCCUUCAGGGGUGAGUACAGGGGAUAUUACUGGGUCGCAGAGAGAAUCUUCCCCUACGUCACUGUCGCGCCAAAAGGCGAUCUUAAACGAUCCGGCCCUUGCCUCCACCGUGAUGGAAUUGUUUGUCGACCGACUGAUACGUAAUUUCAGCCCCGACGACCAUCGGAAAUACGGCGGUACCAUCGCAUUACGCGAAGCAUCGGAUAUGCGCAUGAUCUCACCCAUGCUGUGCAACGCUUUUGAGGCGACCGCGCUGACCUUUGCCGGUCGGCGCGACGGGAACCGGUCAGUCGAGCUAGCGGGACAUGCCAAAUAUGUCCGAACGCUUCGGCAGCUCCAAGCUGCUCUAUAUGACACCGAGGGGAACAAAUCUACCGAGGUCCUUGUAGUUGUAUUGUUGUCGACAAUUACAGAGGUCACGGCAGCGCUGGUUCAUCGCAAACCGAGUUUCCUGGCGUCUAAAGAUUGGCUGACGGUUCCCUGGGCGGGCGAUGCACCGGUCAAGGAUAUCCUGCAGCAUCUCCUGGACAUUGCCGUAGAUAUCCCCGGCUAUCUUUCUCGGAUCGAUGAAUUCAGCGCCAUGGUAGACAGAGCAGCUAUAUGCACGUUCGAGCUCACCGGGAUGCAGAGCUCCAUCUGGCAGCAAGCAACCGAGCUGCAGGCGCGCCUCAAUCUGUGGAAAGCCGCCUACGCCGACACGUAUCCCGCGGGCACCGUAUGGGAAGCGUACGACACCGAGUCCGCCGACGGCUUUCCUAUCUUCCAGUGUCGCAACACCAGCACCAUGUCUGUCACGGUCGCCAAGAUUCUGCACUAUCCCGAUAUCCUCCUGGCGACCUCGAUGUGUUUCUACUGGGCGUUGUCGCUAGUCGUCUCCAUGUCAGAUAGCGGGCUGGUCAGCGUGCUCGGCCCGCAACAGCGGUACCAAUUCGCAUGCGACAUCUGCCGCAGCAUGAAAUAUUACAUCAACAACAUCCCGGGGUAUCUGAUGUCGCGGAUCAUGUUCGUCCUGCGCACGGCGUUCGACGCGUUCUCGCCGGGGAUGAUCGAGAAGGAAUUCAUCGCGGAGUUAUUCCAGUACAUCGGGCGCAAAUUGGAGUUUACAGUAUUUUCCAACAAGUGCGCAUCGUCGGCGGUUAAGAGCGAAUCUACAUGA